CGACAAACAUCGUCUAGACUUUCGACUGUCUUAUCAACACCACAUUCGCUAAUUCAUCCCGACAAGUUUACUUGAGAUAUACCUCCACCUAAGCCAUGUCGGCUCACACGCCAGAUCCGCCUCGGGAUGAUGGGAGAGAAAAGACUCGAAUCGACGAUGCCACUGCGAAUACAGCCUGUAAGGAGGAUGCUCGACCCAGCCUCUGGUCCUGGAUCAAGCUCGACGAUACCACCGCCGUCGGUCCUCGCAUAGGCCCAGUCCUACAAAGUGUCGCCACCGCGAGUUCCGACAGCGACGACAGCAUUGCUUCGCCAGAACGCCAGCGCGAACUUGAAAAGGGAAAUUCUAUCCAGUACCGCACAUGCAGCUGGCAAAAGACUGCCGCCCUGCUCUUUUCCGAAUACAUAUGUUUGGCCAUCAUGAGCUUUCCCUGGUCAUACAGCGUUUUGGGUCUUGUUCCCGGCUCACUGGUCCUGUGGGAGUUUUGUCUACGGCACCCCGAAGUCCGGGAUGUCUGUGAUAUCGGCCAAAUGCUCUUCUGGAACAAAAAUUGGGCUUGGUGGGCCACUGCCGUCAUGUUCUUGCUCAACAACACAUUCAUCCAAGGCUUGCAUGUCGUCGUGGGCGCCGAGUAUCUCAAUACCAUGACCGGCACAGACCCGGGUGUCGCUUGUCGGACCGUCAGCUUUGGCAUUAUCAUUGCGCUCGUCUGCUGGCUCUGCUCGCUUCCACGGACAUUCAAUACCUUGUCCAAGCUUGGAGUGUUUUCUGCUCUCUUUACUUUCAUUUCGGUCGUCCUUGCUGCCGCCUUCUCGGGCGCACAGAAACACCCAGCUGGAUAUGAUCCCCGCCCAUCAUUCACGUCAGACUCCGGAGUAGCAUCGGUCGGAGGUAACCCCAUCGUAACCGCACUUCCGGUCAAGUCAGCGUCCUACAUUGCCUGUUUCAAUGCUUUUCUCAACAUAUCCUAUACCUUUAUCGGCCAAAUCACGCUCCCCAGCUUCAUCGCAGAGAUGAGAGAGCCAAGGGACUUCCCGAAAGCCUUAUGGGCUUGUGCCAUUGCCGAGGUUAUUCUGUUCAGUGUUGUCGGAGGAGUUAUUUACGGGUACACUGGAAACCAGUACAUGACUGCACCUGCAUUCGGUUCACUCCAAGAAACUUACAAAAAGAUUGCCUUUUCAUUCAUGAUCCCGACCAUCAUUUUCUUGGGCGUCCUGUAUGCCUCGGUUUCGACGCGAUUCAUCUUCUUCCGCAUCUUCAAGAACUCGCAACACAUGACCGAGCAUACGCUUACCGGAUGGUCAACAUGGGCGGGUAUUCUUCUGACAACAUGGAUUUGCGCUUGGAUCAUUGCGGAAGUUAUUCCAUUCUUCUCAUCCCUCCUUUCCCUCAUGUCAUCACUCUUUGACAGCUUCUUCGGCUUCAUCUUCUGGGGUGUUGCCUACUUCCGGUUGCGCAAAGCCGAUGCGAGAGCCGGCAUUACGAGAAAGAGAGGCAUCGGCACCAUUCUGUUGGAUGGGACCAACAUCAUCAUCAUACUCGUUGGUUUCCUCUUUCUUUCCUUUGGGAGCUAUGCGAGUGUGCUGGGUAUUUUGGAAGCGUAUGAUACAGGAUCGGUCAGGAGCGUGUUUUCGUGUGCGAGCAACGGUCUUUGA